UCCAUCGCCGCUACUGGCUGUGCCGUCCCUUUACGCGGAGAGCAUUACGCAUCAGUGGACUAUAGAGCGAGGACACAAUACCGCACGAUUUCGUUCCAAAAGUCUUUUAGGAAACCUGUCUCGUCCGUCCAUUCCGGACUGCUUUGGACCUAUAGGCAUCCCGCGUUUUUCGAGAAGUCUGGACAACUACUCCUCUUCUUCCUCCCUGCGUUUUUUUAACCCUUGGAUUUAUAGCUCCCGAAACGCGCGCUCCUGUGCUUUAAAAUGCAAGCCGGACGCAAAUCGUGCUGGAGGCAAUUGCAGGCUUCUUUUUUCAGACUGCUAUGUCUUAUCCCCACAGGAUUCCCUGUCCGGAGUGUGGAUAUGCAGCGGGCCACCGACAACAUCACCAUCCGCCAGGGCGACACGGCGAUUAUAAGGUGUUACGUUGAUGACAAAGUCUCCAAGGUGGCCUGGCUCAAUCGAUCCAACAUCAUCUUUGCCGGCCAAGACAAGUGGUCCCUGGACCCCAGAGUAGAUCUGGUCACUAAAGGACAGCUGGAGUACAGCCUGCGCAUACAAAAGGUAGACGUGUAUGAUGAGGGCUCAUACACCUGCUCCAUACAGACUAAGCAGCAGCCCAAGACCUCACAGGUCUAUCUCAUUGUACAAGUUCCAGCCAACAUCUACAAGGUGUCAGAAGACAUCACAGUGAAUGAGGGCAGUAAUGUGACACUCAGUUGUUUGGCCAGUGGCAGGCCAGACCCUGCAAUCACCUGGCGGCUGCUCAACCCCUCAGCGGAGCCGUUGGACGGAGAAGAGUACCUGGACAUUAUAGGCAUCAUGCGAAACCAAGCAGGUCGUUACGAAUGCAAGGCCAGCAACGACGUCGCCACGCCGGAUGUCAAAUAUGUCAAUGUGGUUGUCAACUACCCUCCGACAAUAAAGAAAACCCAGAGCUCAGAGACUCCGGUGGGCCGCAUGGGGACGCUGCAGUGUGAUGCCACCGCUGUGCCCACACCAGAGUUUGAAUGGUACAGAGAUGAAAAAAGGCUGUCCAACGCCCAGGGCAUCAAUAUCCAAAUUCUUGGUACUACCACUAUUCUCAUGAUUGCCAAUGUCACCGAAGAGGAUUAUGGGAACUAUACCUGUGUGGCCUCAAACCGACUGGGUGUCCAGAAUGCCAGCCUUUUCCUCUAUAGACCCGGGACAGGUCGAGAUAUCAACGGCGCUGCCUGCGUAUCUCAAUCACUGUGGCUCUUGCUGGCCUCCUUCGCCUGCCUUUUCUUCAAGUGUUAAUACCACUGUCCUCCUCUUCCUCCCUCCUGGCCCUCCUUCCUUCUCCUCCUCCUUCUCUCCAACUCACCGACAUCCUUAUUGCUACCUUAUUACCAACUUUACCACCCUUCCAGACUGUUUGCAUCAUGAUACAAAAACCUUAUGUGCUCUCAAGCACUGCUUACAGAUAUUACGAAAAGCGAUGGGUUAUGAGUAACAUGUCAUAAGAACAACAAAGAAAAAACAGUGAAAUGAAGGACAGAGCUAGCAAACAGUGCUCUUUUAAAGAAAUGCAUUGCUCUUUUUAAUUCAUAUGCACUUCUUUGUUUCUGCUAUAUCUUGUCUUUGGGGUCUGGAUCGGGUUCGGGAUUUGUUGUAUUUUUGUCUUCGUGGGAAUGAAAGCAGAGGUACCCCGCUCAUAGGGAUGCCAACAAUCAUUUGUCUCUAUAAAUACUGAAGACAUAAGGUACAUUUCUUAUUACUCCCAUUAUGUUAAACUGUAGAUUUAACCGAGUGUUUAACCAGUGCAUUAAUGAGCAACAUGCAAAGUAUCUGCCAAAUAUAAGCAUAGAUUUGAAACUCACACACACAGAAAUCAAAGGGAGAAUACAACAGCUGAUUCUGUGAUGAGAUUAAAGCUUGAUAUUAAAGUUUUCACAACCAUAUUCUGAUGCUACUAGACUGAAACACAGAUAUACAGCCUUAGCAGGGUAUCUCUCCAAUCAAUGACGUUGUCUCGAGAUGCAGCAGUCACUGGGGUUGUUGCCGUCCAGCCCAGAAUCUGAGGAUGCAGUGAAUAGAAUUGACUUGAUCCUACUGAGCUAAACCAUGCAGAGUACAAACCUAAGGAAAUUAGUUUUUCUGGUGAUGGAUAUCUACAUCCUCAUUCAGUGACUUUGCACCCACUCGCCUUUUAUUCCAAAAGAAUUCCUCUUUUCUUUUGCAGCAGGACUCUCACUUAAAGAUAAAAAAAAAAAACAGUAGGUUAUAAUGAUGCGUACUGUACAUAGUAAAAUUUUGUAUUUCUCUAUGAUAAGACAACUUGUUCUGCCACUGUAACAACAGGAAACAGUGGAGAUUGUUGCAGUGUAUGUUGCUUGUCUGACGACCAACCAACCAUACUGUGCAGUUUGUCUCUGCUCCAUGGCAGGCUGCACCGCGUUUAGCCACAUAUACUGUACCACAAACAGUGUUUGCUUUUAGUUUAUGAGUUUUAGGUCCAUUCUUCUAUACUGCUGGAAUUUGGAUUUUAAAAAAAAAGUAUGACACCAAUGAAUGACUUACUUUUUAGUUUUUCUCUUUCAAAGAAGUAUGUGUGUUUUAAUAUGAAAUGAAACAGAAACAUUCAUAAUAUAAUGAUAUUGAGGUUAUUUUUUUUUUCUGUCUUUACCUCAUUCACUUUAGUUGUGUGUACAUAUAUAUACUUGAAUCCAAUGUCCUGAGAUUAUAUGAAAAGGAAAAUUUUAUGUGUCCAUGUUUCUGAAUAGGGUAGCAAUUUGUUGAGGAUGAAUAACUUGUAGAUCUCUUGAACUGGCAACCCUGUUCUAUUAUGUCAUCAUUGUCCUUCAUUAGACAAUGAUGUUUAAAAAAACAAAACAAAAACGGUCUACCAUAAAAAAUAAAAAAAAAAGAUAGUUUUGUGCAGUUAUUAUUGUAACUGUCCUUGAGAUGACACAAGUGCUGGCUUACUGGAUGUUAUAGAGAAUGGAAUUUUAUGUUUAGCUUGUUAUUCUUGUCCAUGUACCAAGAAUUUAAAAUGAGAUCAGCAAAGAAAGCAAACAAUGUUCAUUCCCCUCAAUGGCCCUCAAGGCCACUUUACUGGCGGGCCUCUUUAACAAAAUAAUAGCAUUAUAUUACAGGCCCUACAGAAAAAAUUCUCAUCUUCUCUUCGUGCAUUUGCCAGUAAAUGCUGAUCACUGAAUCAAUCUCUUUAAAAACAAAAUGAAUAAUAAACAAAUCAAUAUUUUUUGAAAUUCACAAGAAGAAGAUCUUUCAAACAGGAACCAGGAAACAGCUCAAAGGUCAUUACUGUUAUGAGAAUAGCUGAAACUGUGCACUAUUAGCUGCCUUUUUUUGCCAUUUAUUUUGACCUACUGUAAGGUGACUAAUAGCAAAUGGACUCCAGCGCCCAGCUCAGCUCCUCGACUGGAUGUGUGUUCAUGUCUCCGCUCUUCUAACAACCAAGCCGAGAUAGUAUCAGUACUGUAAAACACACGUGUAAUUAAUGUCAUCCUUGUCAUCAUACAUUAAAAAGACUUGUUUCCAGUGUUUUCAUUGUAAAUGCUUCUGAGGCCAUGUCUAUGUGACACUGUAGUGUUGGUAAUGCUAUCUGAUCCAGUAUAAUUUUCAUGUAGGUGAAAAGGUAGAUGUAGAGCUGUACAGAGACUGAAAUGGGCCACAAUUUCAAUCAAAACUGAAGCAUUUAAACAGUUAAAACAAAAUUUCUAUCAGCUGUAUCAGUCACAACAAAAACAAUCUUACAUCUUACAAUCGAAAUCUCUCAGUCUAGGAAGUGAUAAGAAAGCUGCUUGUUCUUAUGCUUUCAUCAUCUCACACAUUUUUUUAUUCAUUUUUAUUUUUAUUUUUUUUUUACAAUUGAACAGGUAACUCUGAUGUGCCCACUUUAAUGUGGAUUAACCUAACUCCUGACUUUUUUGUACUACACUGGUAUUUCUGCAGACUCUCUUACUGCUUUUUUUUUUAGCCCCUGGCUUACCCAUACUUGAGGGUGCUAGCUUAUCAGCAACAGUUAUUUUACUUAUUGUAAUUAGAAGUGAAUGAUCUUGAAGCUGUGGCAAAGUAGAUCUUCAAGAUCAGUUUGCAUGAGAGCAGUCUGCGCUACAUGUCUAUUCCAUUAAGUCUGUCUGUCUCAUUGUGUGUCACAUUAAAUAAAAAAAAAAAAAAAAAAACUCAGGGCAGAGCAAGGCUGGCCUUGGGCAGAGUCUCAGACAGACUAAAAUGUGCUUUUUGCUAGAGGAGGCCCCAACAGACAACCAGAGCAGGGUCAGGAGAGAUUUUAAAGGACAGUAAAUUGACUGUCAUUCAUUGUCUAAAUCUUCUGCCAUUCAGGUGAUUUUCAUAUGAGGCAAACCUCAUCAGUGUGGAUGUCCUACUGUGUCCAUGCACGUUAAAACCAGCCAACAAGCACUGACUAAUGUACAAAGACCACUUAUAUAAAAGCCAUGAAGCUCUAGCUUAUCCACAAAGCAGAAAGGAAUAAGAAAUAGUGUAUUUCCAUUGCACAUAGAGACCAACAGCCACCCAAUGGACACAGCACCAACCCCCUGCAGACAUAACUGGAUAUCUACUGAAGACUGUAGAUACAGCUUUCUAGUUUACUAUUAACCAUUGCCUCAAAACAUCAUCAUCGCUUCACUGUACAAAACUGGCAUGUGUAUGUGCGUGUGUGUGCUCAUAAGAUUCUGUUCAUUAUUAUUAACCUACCUGAGAAGAUGCAUACAUACAUAGAGUACGUGAGGCAUGAGAUACAUAACGAGUUAACCAAACAGCUAACUUUCUACUUUCCACUGAGCUGUGGUUACAGUGGUAAUCCUCUAUUUUAAGUUUAGAUUCUUUUUUUUCUUUUCCUCCUUUGUGUGUAUAUAGAGUAUGAUGUUUCUACAGUAGAAUGUUGUAAAGUCAGCAGAUCCAUAAGAUCGUGUUUAUACAACUUUACAUUUAAAAAUUUAAACAGCAAAUGUAAUUAUCAUGUUUGUACUUCCCUUCCCUUUGUCACAGGAAAUUAAGAUUGAAAAUGGAGCAUUUCAUGGAUUAUGACACAGAAAUGUCCUGUUCUUUUCUUUCUUUCUUUUUUUUUAACUUUUACUUUCUAUUUUACUUUUAUUAUGGCAUAAGGUGAUUGCAGUCAGUUUAUAAAAAAUGAUAUGUAAUAAAGGUAUAUGAGAAAAUGUUCAUAACACAAAAUAAAGUUGUUUGAAUUCAGUAUUCUGUAUUUGUGAAUUGAGAUGUU